AUGGAUGAACAUCCAAACAGUGCUCUCCACUAUGGGCACGUAGGACGAGCUGUCUACCUUCCUGAUGAGGAGGAAUGGACGUUUACUCGGUCUUUUGCUAAGCCCGCAUCGAUCCUGUAUACCGGAGUGACCAAGACAACAAUCUCGUCGCCUUUCCCCCCAGCCAAAGCUCGAUUAAUACGCAGACUACCUGAUAAGAACCCCCGGAGACUGAUCACAGAAGCGCAUCCUGAUUUGGCAGCAUCAUGGUCCUCCAUUCGCGAUGAACCUUUGUCGAAGACUGUCACGAAUACAACCGAGCAAUAUGAUCCGGAGAUCUCUACGCUCUUCGAUCUCGGUUAUGCGGUGGACCAAAGGCGUCAUGACAAAAGGCUACGCUCAGUUCCAAUUGCGGUGGCAGUAACCGGGGAAUGUCGUAAUAUAGUCUCAUUCCGAACACUGGAGGAGGAAAUUUUGGAGUUGGCUUCUCCACAGAAGUUAGCAUUUCGUGCUCCAUCAAUCAGCGACAGUGAGAUGUCUGAAUGGUCCAAUGGUGGCGCACCGAUACGUCAAGUACAGUUUGCACGUCCCUUGGAGGAGCAGCCGGUAUUCAUGGCCGCUCGUCUCUACACAGGGACUACAAUAUUCCGACCUCUUUACCACUGGGACCCUGUGCCUAUGCGCUUGCCGGAAGGUGCUAUACUGGGAUACUCCGGCCCCUUGCGAAACUCUCGGCUGGAUGCGAAUCCAAUUACGGAAAUAUCUCUGUCGCAAACAGGUGGUGUCGCACAUGCCGAUGUGACCUUCAACCCUUGGUAUCAGAGACAAUUCGCCAUCGUAGAUACCAGAGGCAAGUGGAGUAUCUGGGAAAUCACCGGCAGGCAGCGACUCAAGCAGGCCACUUGGGCUACCCAGCUCGUCAAAUCAGGCUCCUUGCCCUCGCAGGAUUAUAAACAUAAACACAAUUGCCCUCGGCUUGAUGGCUGGGCAUCUAUCGAGUGGGUCCAUAAUGUUGGAUUGAUAGUUGUCUCCAAUCGUCGCAGUGUCAUAAUCUAUGCCUUCACAGAUGACGAGAUUCCACCACGCACAGUUGAGCUGGGAAUGACAAAGAAAUCUGAGUGGGUUCUAGACGUUCAAAGAAACCCACGCAAUGCAUCACAGUUCUUCGUCCUGACGACAACUCGGAUAUCGUGGUUUGAUCUUGGAGCCUUACCAGGGGAGGAUGAUACAAGUUUUUCUCUAUACCCCCGAGUGUCCUGGAGGCACUUCCGAGAUCCGGAAGACACGACUUUGCAACUUAGCGACAUAGUCGUUUACCAAGAUGUGUAUCUCGUUCUGUAUUCUCAUCUCACUCCGCUAGUACAGGCAUUCCCAUGUCCCUUUAUAUCCGACGAUCAGACUGGGUCUAUAUCUGUACCCGAUCCCCUGGUGAUAGAUGCGCCCCUGUUGGUGGAUAUACCGCCAACUAAACGCAACUCUGCCGUGCGAUUCUCGAGAUUCGUGUUCAGAGAGGUUGCCCACUCUGUUACGCCACUGGGUAAGAAUUUCUAUAACCCCCACAUGCCAUUGAUCAAGCUUUUCUGGAUGGAUUCCGAUCUUGCCGUCCAUGAAUCUACUUUCACGGGUCCACGCGGAGAUCCAGACGAGCCGGAUUUGUUUCGUGAAAGUAGUAUCUUGCGGCUGAGAAGGCGUUAUGCUCCGACAUCAUAUAUCAGACCCACCGAUGACUUUGUUGUGGAUGAUUGGGACGAAUCAGCUGCACAGCAAAUGAUUGUUCGUCGUUGCAAGCCCCAGAUAGAUCACAUUGAUACAGAGUCGGACUUGCAGUGGACCUUGGACUUCUCUGGUGUCUACAAAAUAGCGACAGGGAAGAUGGAAAUUCGUCGAAAAAAGCAAAAAGAAAUACAAAGGCCCAAACAAAAUACACUUGAUGAGUUGAUGGCGAUUCUGCAAAGUGAAAUGAACAAUGGAUCGAACCGACCUCCAGGCAAGACCAUUGUUGAAUUGACGGACAAGGGACUUUUGGCAGAGGAUCUUGAUGAACGUGCAGAUGAUGUAAAACGACUCAUUUCAGCACUCGUGCCCGAACACCCGGACCCCGAUGCUCAUUGUCGGUAUAUGCUUUUACCACUUCCAACCUCAAACGGGGGUUAUGGUGUACCGACCAAACUGUCAGGCGAGGCAGACAAGGAUCUUCUAAAUGUCUAUGAUCAAAUCGUCGAUGAUUGGAUGUCUACCCUGCCUCGCGUCAUCCCCGUGCAGACGCGACUCAUGAAAGAGAAACUCAUUCGGGGAGUCGCUGCCGAUCUCAUCCUGUCACGCCUAAUCAAAAUUUCUACCUCAUUAGAUCGCGUCAUACUAUCUACGCCUGCAGAUCCGGUCGAGGAGCGAGCGAAUGAAGAUGCAAAUGAGAAGGCCGCGGCACAGAACAAAUACAUGCAGUCGAGCUACUUCGCAUUAUUAUCAUCACAGGCCCCUGCAAGCCAGUCAUCAACGGGCAGAAGCCAGGCCUUUGGAUCCAGACGGGAUACGACGUCAGUCCAGCAAUCCAAGUCCACCGCAUUCCCAGUCUUGAGUGGCCUCUCAGCAUUCACCACAUUCAAGGCUCCACGUCCAAUCCCACAAAAGGUCGAAAACCUCCUCUCCCACUGGCCGAUAGGUGCCAGCCCCGAAAACUAUGUCUGGGAGAGGAUCGAAGACGAGGAGACGCGGAGUUCCAAGGCGCGCACACCCAAGAGCAGACGGAAGAAACGCUCACAGACUCGUGACCAAUCUCUCCCUCCGACUCCGGCAAUCCCCAUGGUUCGAGCAUGGGGUAGUCAGCCACUUGCACCUCCCCGAUUCAAUAUCGAUAGUAGUCAGUCCAUGGGCGGUUUGCCGAUGACCCAGAUGGAGCGGGGAGCUUUUGGAGCUCGCGAAUUCAAGAAACCGAAAAAGAAGAAGAAAAGACAAGCUGGAUUUUAG